GUUCAUACCACAAAAUAUAAUUUGCAAUCGUUAUUUGUUAAGCCGCAAACGCCGAACGACCAACAAAAUCAAAUAAAACGUAAAGUGUAAUUGGAAAUAAGUAUAAUAAAAUAUAAUUUAUAAUGAUAGUAUUAAUUGAAUAUAAUUUUAUAAAAUUUUUCAUAUUUUUUACUGUUAUAAUCACAUCACAAAUAAAUACUUCAGAAAUUUUACGUCCAAGAGGUGUUUCGAUAUCUCGUGCUUCGUUAUACGUUCCAACUAGUAAUAAUGAAUUUAUUUGUUUCGAUGGUACGUUAGCAAUACCAUUCACAGCUGUAAACGAUGAUUAUUGUGAUUGUCGUGAUGGAAGUGAUGAGCCUGGAACCUCAGCAUGUUCAAAUGGGGUUUUUCACUGCACAAAUGCUGGACAUAAGUCAUUAAAUAUUCCGUCGUCUCGCGUGAAUGACGGUAUUUGUGAUUGCUGUGACGGAUCCGACGAAUAUAACACUAAUAAAUGUGUGAACACGUGUAUUGAGUUGGGUCAAUCUGCGCGUAUUGAGGCACAAAAACGUGUUGAACUAUACAAAGCGGGUAAUUUAAAACGUUUAGAAUUAAUUCAACAUGGAAAACAAAUCGAAUUAGAUAAAAAAGAACGUUAUGAACAAUUAAAACGGAAUAAAUUAGAAGCGGAACAAGUGAAAAACGAAAAAGAAACUUUAAAACAACAAGCAGAAGAAUUAGAAACAGUUGUACUUGAAAAAUAUCGUACAAACGAAAAAGAAUUAGAAGAAAAUGAAGCGAGAGUAGAGUUUGAUAAAUUAGAUUCAAAUCAAAACGGUAAAAUUGAGAUUGAAGAAUUACAAACACGUACUAAAUUCGAUGUUGAUCGAAAUGGAGAAGUCUCAAUCGAGGAAGCUAAACAUGUUUUAGAUGGUAAUGAAAAUGGUCUUGAAUGGCAAGAAUUUUUAGAAAAAUCAUGGCCGAAAAUUAAACCUCUGGCUAUGCUCGAAGAUGGUUUAUUUAAACCACCCACAGAAGAACCUAAGGAAGAAGAGGAAGCACAACAAGAACAUGAUGAAGACGAGGAAGAAGAGGAACAUAAUCCUGACGAUGAUGCUGAAAACGUUGAAGAAAAAACUUCUGAAGAAGAGGAGCAAAAACCGAGAGUGGAAUACGAUGAAGAAACCCAGAAUAUAAUUAAUAAAGCAAACGAAGCUCGGGACGAAUUCAAUAGUGCGGAACGUGCUGUGCGAGACAUUGAAAUCGAACUAAAUGAAUUAAAUAAUUACUUAGAAAAAGAUUUUGGAACAGAAAAUGAAUUUAUUUCAUUAUAUGGGGAAUGUUUCGAAUUUGACGAUGAACGGGAAUAUAUUUAUAAGUUGUGUCCUUUCGAUAAAGCUUUACAGGUUUCAAAACUCAGUGGUUCUGAAACUAAAUUAGGUGUAUGGUCAAGCUGGGGUGCAAACGAUAGUAAAUAUACGCAAAUGUUUUUCAAUCAUGGGACAUCCUGUUGGAAUGGCCCUCAACGUACCACUCGUGUGUUUUUACAGUGCGGUGUUGAAAAUAAAUUAGUGAUGGUCACUGAACCAAAUCGUUGUGAAUAUGAAUUUAAUUUCAUUACACCCGCAAUAUGUGUUUAUGAUACUCAGAAUGAAUCCCUCAAUCAGAAUGAUGAGCAUGAUGAACUUUAAUAGAUUAGGAAUUUUAAAUUUUUUUAAAGAAUGUAUUUAUGUGAUGAAAAUGAACUUAAAAUAACUUUAAAUAGAUUUAAGAGUUCACUUCUUUUA